AUGCUUCCAUUGUUAAAGCUUGGAACACUAGCCUUACGAACUAUUUCCAGGCCAAUUGCUAGAAGGCUCAAAGUAGAGGCUGGCUUACACCCCAGGUUUCGUGACUACAUCAUCAGCUUUGCCCAGGCAAACUAUCGUUUCAGAACAAAUAUACAAAGACGUCUAUAUGGACGGGCAACAGAUGUUGUGAUCCGUCCUAUGGAUGAAGAAAAAGCUGUUGGAGCUGCUGCAGAGCUUCUUGGGGAACUUGUUAUCUUCACGGUUGCAGGACUUGCUAUAAUCUUUGAGGUGCAAAGAAGUGCUAGAUCAGAAGCUAGAAAGGAGGAACAGCGCAAGCAAGAAAUAGAGGCAAUGAAGCAAAAAGGCACAGAUUUAGAAAAAGAAGUGCAAUGUCUAAAGGCCAAACUGCAAGAGAUGGAGCAACUUGUCCAGAGAAGAAGCUGGCUAGAUCUCAUCAGGUUCCGGCAAUCCCCGGCACUAGAAGAGCACAAGUCGGCAAGGUUUUAG